AUGGCGCCAGGCAAAGCUACUUCUGACGCCGCUGAUGGACCAGUCCUCGCUCAUAUCAACAAGCGUAUCCGCAACCUAAGAAAAAAGCUCAAACGAAUCACGCAGCUCGAAGACUCCAUCGUUCAAGGAAAAUCCAUUAUCAAGAACAAGGAUCAGGAAAAACUCCUCAAAUCAAAGCCAAUAAUCAUCGCCGUGGUUGACGAACUAGAAAAGUCCCGACAGCCCUUAUCCGUGGCUGUCGAUGAAGAAACCACUCUCGCGCUCCAACGUCGUCACAAUGAUAACGUUGAAAACUGUAAUAAAUCACAAACCCUAGAUGGAGAUGAAGAGCAACAUGCGGCUUUACCUGUUGAUGAUCUGCUGAGUUUGAUUUACUUUGGAAGUAUUUUUGAUGCGAAACAAGUUGAUGUGGAUUCGAGGCUGGAGGAAAGAUUCUGGUGUUUGGCACAUGAUAGUAUUCAACGUUUUGAACUUUGUUGGGGUGUUGCACUGGAAGAACGGCAUUUGGAUGCGAUCGCAAGGCUGAGCUCUCUAAUGAUUUCCAGACCCGUGGAUUCUAGUCUUACUUCGCAUCAAGAUGCGUUGCAGAGAUGCAUUGAGCACGCCAAUAAUUGGAUUUGCAAGUCUGAGAAGAAGAUUGAUCCGAAUAGCUGA